AUGUUGACCGGCAUCGCUCACGUAAAUCUCACGGUGCCCUCAAACACCCUCGAUGAGGCAGAGGCAUUUUACAGCAACACGCUCGGCAUGAAGCGCGUUCCUGUGCCAUCAUUACAGAGAGAUAGGCUUGCUUGUACGACGAGUGCCGCACUGCUCUUGAGUAACCCAGUCACAUUGUCAUCAGCACUCAAUGCAUGCGGAUCUUUGUCCGAGAGUUUGUGGUCGCCUUCUACCUUACCCUUUACUGCUGGUCUGAACGACUCUCUUUCAUACGAAGUCUAUAGUGGACGUCUUGCGAGCGACCAGUUAAUGUGGAUUACACAAUCUCACUCCACAUUGCAGUCAAAGCAUUCUGGGCCACCUGCCCAUCCAGGGCCUCCUCACCAGGCACCGCAAUGUCAGGCUAUGGACGUCCACGGACAAACUCAUCAAGUCAGCUGCAAAGAGAAACUUCCGUCACUCUGCUCUCAAACUGCACCAGCAUCCAACAUCACAUAUGCAGAUAACUCUCCUCCGUACCAGAUUGCCCAACCCGUUGGCUCACAGACACUAGUUGGAUACCGCGACUUUUUGACUUUUCGAUUCAUGGGAGUUCGGUUCGCCGCUGAGCCGGAGAGAUUUACCUAUUCUUCUGUUUAUGAAGGAACAGGUACUAACGAUGCUCUUGAGCCUGCGCCUGAAUGUCUGACUUUGCCAAACAAUGGUUCUACAGACUGCCUGUUCCUCAACAUUUGGACUACCAGUCUACCUGGCCCUUCCGCAAAGAAAGAGCUCAAACCAGUGAUGGUCUAUAUCUAUGGAGGCGGUUUCACAACUGGAUCUGCAAGCAACCCAACGAACGAUGGCGGCAACCUGGCUGCACGUGGUGAUGUCGUUGUCGUUGACAUUGCGUAUAGACUGUCCACACUUGGCUUCCUUGCUCUCGAUGACGGCAUUCAUAACGGCAACUAUUUCCUUUCUGACCAGAUUGCCGGUUUGGAAUGGGUCCAGAAAUACAUCGAAAACUUUGGAGGAGACCCGUCUCGUAUCACCAUCUUCGGCGAGUCGGCUGGAGCAGAGUCCGUUAACGCUCUUAUUGCCUCACCGAAGGGUAAGGAUCUGUUCCAUGGAGCGAUAAUGCAGUCAAAUUACUACCAGCCUUACGUUCCUCUGGCUACUGCUAUCAAUCAAACUACCAAUCCCAUCCUCAACGAGACAGGUUGUGCUACUGUAGCCGAUCAGCUAGCAUGUCUCCAAGCAUAUAAUGCUACUGCAUUACUCAGUCUCAAGACUGUCUUCAACUACCCAGUCGUUGAUGGCACGUACCUUGUGUCCGACUUCAUUGAUCUCAACAGCACGACCACGGUCACCAACCGCGUACCGGUAGUCAUGGGCGUAAACCGUGAUGAAGAGGGCGUGCUCGGAACAGUCUACCCAACGACCAAUCUCACCACUGGUAUCGAUGACCUAGCUGCUGCAGACAAUCUCAAUGCCAGCAGCAUCCUCAACUCUGGCCUGUUCCCUCUUGGCACUAGCCGUACCGACAAUGCGACUCUGGAUGUCUUCAAUACCACGACUCGCAUUUCUACAGAUGUGUCUUUCCGCUGUUUCAAUGAAUUCGAAGCUUAUGCUGGAGUAAAAGAUGGCGUGCUACCUAACAUCUGGUUCUACGAGUUCAAUCGCACAUACCAAGAUCCAGCCUACAACCCGAACCUCGUCUGUGCGGCUCCAGUCACACCAUCGCACCCUUAUGGCGACCCUUCUCAAGAGUACUUCAAGUGCCAUGCUGGAGAUCUUGCAAACACGUUUGGCAAUGUGGCUCGUGUUGGUUUCCCCGAUCGUGAUGGUCUGGAUGCCAAAUUUGGCCAGCUUAUGACUGACUACUGGACUAGCUUUGCGAGAAACCUCGAUCCUAACCCGGAUAUGGAGUAUCUCAAGGCGAGAGGAUAUUGGAACACCAUUAACCAGAUAGAAGUGUCUGGCCCUUGGGAGAAGGUGAAUGCUGCACAGCCGAGGAUGAUGGAGCUGCAGUGGAACUCAAUUAUGAUGCCGUUUAGAGAUGUCGAGCAGUGUGCCGCUUUGGGCUUUCCGUUGACCUACCUCACUCAGUGA